UUUUGCUUUGUGGGUCUCCACCCUGCAUUUGCAGAUUACAAAAAUCGCCGUUACACGCGGCAAAUUAGUUUCAUCUUAACAACAAUAACAAUAUUAGUAAAAAACAAACAAAAAAGAAGAAGGUUAAGUAAAAGUAUAUUUUGAGAAAAGAGAAGAAACAAGUAACAAGACAAGGAGCAUAGGGAAGAGAGCACUCUGUUCUUGUUGGUGGUGUUGUUCUUCUCGUAUUGUUCGUCUCAUUUGGAGUUUGGAUUGGGUUGGCUUUAGGGCUUUGAAUACCAUCUGGGGUUGGCGCUCUCAGGUGUUCAAGCUCCAAAAGCUGACCCCUUUUUCUCACCUCUCGCUCUCGCUCUCCCUCUUCCUCUCUCUCUCUCUUUCUCUCCCUCUCUAGAACAGCAAUGGUAGAAGACAUGUGUUUCGUCUACAAGGAUAUUCUUGUUAUAAAGCCUCCAAAGAAAUCACCAAUGUUGUUAAGGACAGCAGUAGUAAUGUUUUCAAUGGUUUGUGGCAUUUUUAUCUUCUCUGUAUGUCUAAAGCAGAUAAGCACCCAAGCAAGUACUACAUUUGUGGACGUGAAAGUCAUUAACAAGCCUUCUCAGACUAGACAGAAACUAGUGAAUACUCCUCACCUACUACAUUAUCCCAAACCAACAUCCUUUAGCAGGAACGAGUGUGCUCAUAAUCCUGUACUAUUCUUUGCCAUAUUGUCAAAUCAGAGAUCAGGUAGUGGGUGGUUCGAGACCCUUUUGAAUAGCCACGUUAAUGUAAGCUCAAAUGGGGAGAUAUUUAGCAUUAGAGAGAGAAGGCAAAAUGUUUCUUCAAUGUUACAGACUUUAGAUAAAGUUUACAAUUUGGACUGGUUCAAUAGUGCUUCCAAGAAUGAGUGCUCUGCUGCAACUGGCUUGAAGUGGAUGCUUAAUCAGGGGUUAAUGGAACACCAUAAGGAAAUAGCAGAAUACUUCAACCGUAGAAGAGUUUCUGUCAUAUUUCUUUUCCGGAGAAAUUUACUCCGCAGGAUGGUAUCAAUUCUAGCCAAUUCCUAUGAUCGUUAUGCUAAGCUAUUGAAUGGAACACACAAGUCUCAUGUACACUCACCAGAAGAGGCUGAUAUUCUUUCAAAAUACAAGCCCUUCAUAAAUUCAACAUCAUUGCUGGACGACUUGAAGGAUAUGGAGAUGAGAGCUGCAAAGGCUUUAGAAUACUUCAACAGCACCCGGCAUAUGAUCUUGUACUACGAGGAUCUUAUGAGAAAUCACACUAAGCUAAAAGAAGUGCAAGAGUUUUUAGGAUUGCCACAGAUGGAGUUAACGAGCCGUCAGGUUAAGAUACAUAGAGGACCAUUGUCAGAUCACAUUCAGAACUGGGAUGACGUUAACAAGACGCUGAAAGGAACCGUUUAUGAGAGUUUCCUUGAAGCUGACUACUAGGUGUAUUCUCUUCUAACUGUUGGAGAAGGUGUAAAUACCAACUUCACUGAUCUUUUACUUCAGGAAAGCCUGAGUUUGAAAGUUUUGGUUUUGAUUUUGGUUUUGGUUCUUGAACACUUUCUCGGUGUUCUAGUGCAUUGAUUUCUCUCCUAAUCAACUAACACCAUUGAUGAAAUGAAUGCCUUUUUUUCGUUUGUAGUCCCUUUUAUUUUUAUUUCCUUAGCGAUCAUGUAUAUGUCACUACCAGCUAAUUAAUUUAAGUAAAGUUGAGCAUUUG